UUUCAGGUGUGUGCCUGUGUGUGAAAUACAUCCAAGAUUGCAUCAUAUGUUUGGUCCAGUCCUGAUGGCGCACUCUGAGCUGUUUGAGACGUUAGCGCCCCCUGUGGAGGGGAGGUCUGUGGAGCUGGAUGUUCUGAGCUUUUUGGACUCGUUCAGAGAAGGAAACAGUACGGCUGAGAGAUGUUACCGCUCACAUUCCCGCAGCAGCGUCCUCCAGGGGCUGCCGUUCGGAGGGGUGCCCACUGUCCUUGCCAUCAACGUGGUGCUUUGGAUGUUCCUGCUGCUCAUCUUCUCCUGUCUGAGGAAGGCUGCGUGGGACUACGGCCGCCUGGCUCUGCUGAUGGAGAACGACAGCCUCACCUCCCUGUUUUAUGGAGAACCAAGUGAGAAAGAGAAAUCCCCCUCGGAGUCCAGCCCCUCUGACUCAGACACAAAGGACAUGGGCUUCUGCUCAUGGCUCUCAUCUCUCUACCAUAUGAAGGACGAAGAGAUCCGUAGCAAAUGCGGCAUCGAUGCUGUCACAUACCUGUCCUUCCAGCGCCACAUCAUCCUGCUCAUGAUGGUGGUUUGCCUGCUGUCUUUGGCCAUCAUCCUGCCGGUCAACUUCUCCGGGAACCUCCUGGGAGACAGUCCUGAGAACUUUGGAAGAACAACACUGGCUAAUGUUAGCGCAAAGGACAGCUUUCUGUGGCUCCACAGUGUCUUUGCUCUGGUCUACUUCAUCAUCACAGUGCUCUGUAUGGCCCAUCACUCCAUACGGCUGGAGUACAGAGAGGAUGAGAAGGUUGCGAGGACACUGAUGAUAACCUCCAUACCAAGAGAGAUAUCUGACCCAGGACUCAUCACAAAACACUUCCAUGAGGCCUACCCCAGCUGUACUGUCACUGAUAUCCAUUUCUGCUUUGAUGUCCACAAGUUGAUGCGGCUGGACUUAGAGAGGCGCAAAGCAAUGAAAGGAAGGCUGUAUUUUGCCACAAAAGCCCAAAAGGAUGGAAAGAUCAUGAUCAAGACUCAUCCAUGUGCCCAGAUAUUCUGCUGUGACUUCUGUGGAUUUGAAAAGGUGGAUGCAGAACAGUAUUACAGCGAACUAGAGGAGAAGCGAACAGAUGAGUUCAACGCUGAAAAGAACCGCAUCACCAUGAAGAGGCUGGGCAUCGCCUUUGUGACUUUCCGUGAUGAGAGGAUGACCGCUGUCAUUGUGAAAGAUUACAGUUGUGUGAACUGCCGCCGCAAACCCCAGCAGUCCAGCAUCACCACAGUGGUGCAGUCACACAAGUGGGGGGUCAGCUACGCACCUGCUCCCAGUGACAUCAUCUGGGAGAACCUGUCGGUGUGUGGCUCUCGCUGGUGGCUCCGGUGCGUCCUCCUCAACAUCCUCCUUUUCCUGCUACUCUUCUUCCUCACCACUCCAGCCAUCAUUGUCAACACCAUGGAUAAGUUCAACGUCACGAGGCCUGUGGAGAGCCUGCGGAGCCCAGUCAUUACCCAGUUCUUCCCGACCCUCCUGCUGUGGGCAUUUUCAGUCCUCCUUCCCUUCAUCGUCUACUAUUCCGCCUUCUUCGAGUCCCACUGGACCAGGUCUGGGGAGAACCAAGUUACGAUGCACAAGUGCUUUCUACUGCUGGUCUUCAUGGUCAUCAUCUUGCCCUCACUUGGUUUGUCCAGUCUGGACCUGUUCUUCACGUGGCUCUUUGAUGUCAACUUCCUGGAUGAAAAAGAAGUCAAAUUUCAAUGUGUGUUCCUCCCAGACAACGGUGCAUUCUUUGUAAACUAUGUCAUCACAUCCAGUCUGAUCGGCACAGCCAUGGAGCUGCUUCGUAUCCCCGGCUUGACAGUGUACGCCCUCCGCCUGUGUUUCGCCAAGUCUCAGGCUGAACGUAUUCAUGUCAGACGGAGUCAGGCCUAUGAGUUCCAGUUUGGCCUGGAGUACGCCUGGACCAUGUGUAUAUUUGCAGUCACUAUGACCUACAGCAUCACGUGUCCCAUUAUUACUCCCUUUGGUCUGCUCUAUGUAAUUCUGAAACAUGUGGUGGACAGAUACAACAUCUACUAUGCAUAUGUUCCCACCAAACUCAACCAGAGGAUACACAGAGCAGCUAUCAGCCAGGUCAUCGUGGCUCCAAUCUUCUGCAUGUUCUGGCUGCUCUUCUUCUCAGUGCUCAGAUUAGGUCUGGUGAAUCCCAUCACCCUCUUCACCUUUGUGUCCCUGCUCUCCUCUAUUGCCUUCUCCCUCCUCCGCUUGUGCCUUAGGAAGCAACCUGACAAAUCAACAAGUUACCAGAUGUCAGAUCAGCCAGCAGAAGGAACGUUUACCGAUGCAGACAGGAGUACAGUAACAUCCACCACUGCCUCGAAUCUCUUUGUGGCAUCUGUGCUCCUAGAGCCAGAGCUGGCUUUGACCCCGAUGCCCUCCCCGGCCCACCACAGCUACGGCACCAUGGCCAGUUCACAGAGUUCAAGCCACGGCCCGGUGGGGGAAGAGGAGUCAGAGGAAGACCCCACCCAGACUCAUGAGACUGAGCUGCAAGACCCUCCAGAACCCUACUGCGCCAGCCCUCUCAUGGACAGCCCAGUUGGCUACCAGUAAUACCAAAUCCCCCAAAGCUUAUUCCACCUAUCCUUCACUGGAUCCCUGAAAGGCCACAUUGCUGCAUUUUCACCACUGACCUCAGACUCCAACUAAGCUGCUCUGGACUCUGGGACUAGAGUGGACCUGUUGGAAAGGAGAAGGGGAGAAGCUUCAGAAUACAGGAACAGGAUCCAGGCAAGCAAAACUAGAAAUGUAUAGCCAGGAGAUGCCAAAACACUUAAUUCAACUUGAAAGAGAGCACAUCCACCUUAAAUGUACAGAUUAUUUUAACUGUCAAGCUCUCAACGACAGGGAUUUCCUCUUCUUCUAAGGCUUCAUUCGCAAGUUAAAAAGCUUCAGACUAAUCAAAGUGUCUGGGGAAGAAUUGCCUUUGGGACGGCAUCAGAGAUUCUGUGUCCAUGCGGUGCCACUUGGACA